UCUUUUUGUCCCUGAUCUGUGGUCCAUUAUGAUCAUAUCAUGAGUAGUGUCAAAUUUUAAAAUCAGUUAUCAUGGCGGCCGGCACGUUGGGGUCACAAAUUUAUAUAGUGCUGUAUCUAGGGUUUCUGAUGGUCUAUACCUUUCAAAAAUACCAGUUUCAGACCAGUUUGACCCAAAUAACAUAAUUUGACAAAGACGUCACUUUAUUGAUCAUUUUUUAAAUACAUUUUUUUAAAUAUAAUUUCGUUAUUUGCAGAAUGUUUCGACUGAUUUACGUACUUCUAACGUGCGUGUUUGUCGUUAAUUGCUAUCGGUUACCCAAGGAUGUUAUUCCCGAGAACUACAAGUUGCAGAUCAUUUCGUAUCUGGGAGAGAAAAACAAUUUUGACUUCGACGGAAAAGUUUGGAUAACGACAACAUGCGUUCAACCAACUCGCAAUAUAACCCUUCAUUCCAAAAAUUUGGACAUUCACAAAGACAAAAUAACCAUAAAAGAUUUAUCAAGCAAUGAUUCUAAGACUAUAAAGAUUGCUGACAUCGAAUUCCAAAAGGAAAACGAUUUUCUAAUUCUACUUCUUAAAGAACCCCUCAUAGGAUACCAUCGUUAUGAAAUUUUCAUUAGUUUUCAUGGAAAACUCGAUGACGGUCUAGCAGGAUUUUACAGGAGUAGUUACUACGACAAAAAAAUUAAAGAAAAGAAAUGGCUGGGUGUAACACAAUUUGAGUCCACAAGUGCAAGGCUGGCUUUCCCAUGCUUCGACGAGCCUGAGAUGAAGGCUACUUUUGAUAUCAGUAUCGGAAGGAGAGAAGGAUAUAAUUCCAUCAGUAAUAUGCCUUUGUUAAAAACAAAACCAAUGAAAGAAAAACAAGGAUGGUUUUGGGACCACUUUGACACUUCAGUACCCAUGUCCACAUAUUUGGUUGCCUUCGUUAUUUCAGAUUUUGAGUACAAAACCGGCCAUGCAAUUGACCAUAACAAUGUGACAUUUAGAAUUUGGGCUAGGAAAGACGCAUUAGAUCAGGUUGAUUUUGCUGCCGAAGUGGGACCUAAAUGCUUGGCUUACUACGAAAAAUUUUUCAAUAUCGAUUAUCCUCUACCUAAACAAGACAUGGUUGCCAUACCUGAUUUUAGUGCCGGGGCUAUGGAAAAUUGGGGCCUGAUUACUUACAGAGAAGCAUAUUUGCUGUAUGAUCCCAAAAUUUCUUCAAGAACCAGUCAACACCAUGUUGCUUCAGUUAUAGCACAUGAGUUGGCUCAUCAAUGGUUCGGAAAUUUGGUAACAAUGAAAUGGUGGACUGAUCUCUGGCUGAACGAAGGUUUUGCGACUUACAUGGCUAGUUUAGCUGUUGAGGAUUUAUUCCCGCAAUGGAACUCUUUGGAAGAAGAAGCUGCUGAUAAUAUGUUAGGAGUAUUUUCUUUUGAUUCUCUACGGACAUCGCAUCCUGUUUCGGUGCCAAUCGGCAAUCCCAAAGAAAUCGACGAAAUUUUUGACGCCAUCUCGUACAAAAAGGGCUCCUCUAUCAUCAGAAUGAUGAAUUUAUUCCUCGGAGAGGGCGUUGUAAGAACUGGCGUUAGCAACUAUUUAAAGAAGCACAAAUUCGGCAAUGCUGAACAGGACGAUUUGUGGGAAUCAUUGACUGAAGAAGCGCACAAGAAAAACGUUUUACCUGCAAAUUUGACUGUUAAGCACAUUAUGGAUACUUGGACUGUCCAGACUGGGUAUCCGGUUAUUACUGUUACAAGAGAUUAUGCUAUAGAAAGUGCUGAAAUUAAUCAGCAACGUUACUUGAGAGAUAUAAUCCACACAAAAGAUGAUUCUAACCCUUGCUGGUGGAUACCGUUGAGUUAUUCAACCCAGUCUAAUCUCCAUUUCAAUGUAACUACUCCCAAAUAUUGGAUGUCAUGUCCACGGCACAGUAACGUUAUUGAAAACUUAGCUGGUGAUAAUGAAUGGGUCAUUUUCAAUAACCAAAUGGCAGGAAUCUAUAAAGUCAAUUAUGAUGAGAAGAACUGGCAACUCAUUACAAGCUUUCUGAAAGGACCCGAUUUUAAAAAAAUUCCAACAUUAAAUAGGGUUCAGCUUUUGAGUGACGCAGCCGAUCUUGCUUUCGUAGGAAAUUUGAAAUACGAUAUAUUUUUCGAAUUGUUAAAAUAUUUGAAACAGGAAACUGAACUUAUGCCCUGGAAAGCUGCUUUGGAGAAAACUAACGUUAUUACAAACCAUUUAAAAAAAUCCUCAACCUAUGGCAAAUACAAGGAAUAUAUGAAAUAUUUAUUGACACCAAUUUACGAAAAACUAGGUGGUCUGGAAGCAACUGUUUCUAAUCCUGAAAAAUUAGAUUCCAUAAAAUUACAACAACUGAUAGUUAGCAAAGCUUGUUUAUUUGGAGUGUCCAACUGCAUUGCACACGCGAAAAAUUUGUUCCAAAAACUACAAGAUGAUCCCAGUGAAAACAUCGUCCCUAAAGAUCUUCGCGGUGUUGUCUAUUGCACCACCCUAAAAGGCGGCGGUGAGGCAGAAUGGGAUUUCUUGUGGCAAAAAUAUCAAAAUUCUAAUGUAGCUACAGAAAAAACAACAAUUCUAAGCAGUCUUGGUUGCACGGAAGAAAUUUGGUUAUUAAGCAGAUAUCUAGAAUGGUCUUUGAACGACACCAUCAUAAGAAGGCAAGAUAGUAGCAGCGUUUUUGGUUCUGUAGCAAGAAAUGACGUUGGAUAUUUCAUCGCCAAGAAUUUCUUCUACGAAAAUAUUGAUGAGAUAUUCAAACACUUGCAACCAUACAAGAGAAGGAUUACCAGAUAUUUGACAUCUCUUUCAAAUCAAAUGACAGAUGUAAAAGAUCAACAGGAGUUUGAGAAUUUCAUAGAGGCCAACAAAAAGAAUUUCGCAGAUGUGAAGCAGGGUGUUCAACAGUCUUUGGAAACUGUCAAAAUAAAUGUACAAUGGCAGCAUACGCAUGCUGAAGAAAUCGGCAAUAUUUUGAGGAAAUACUCGAAAGAUGAAAAAACAGAAUAAAAAAAAUGUAUCUCUAGCUUAUUAGAAUAGAAACAAGUUUUCAGGUGAAGAUUAUAUAAAAGAGUAACCAUUUUAUCUUGGAAUUACAAUGUCGAGUAUCAGUCUUAGUUUAAAUUUUGUUAAACAGUAAUGACUCAAAUUUAAGAGAGGAGUUAUUCUUCAAAUAUUUUUAAAUUUAUUACGUUUUCUUAUUUGCAAUAAAUUACAACAUAAAAACCGCUAUAAAAUAAACAAUAUAUGUUAGAGGUUUUGAAGAUAUGGUUUAACUCAUGCUUUUAAUAUUCCGGACUCACCUAUGAAAACACAGAAUAAAACACAAUGUAUAAGUAAACAAAAAAAUGUAUUUGAAUGGUCAAAUUUAAAAUUUUCAAAAUAUUUACAAACCAUCUGUCAAAAAUGUUUUUUAAUUUAUUGUUGCCACACUGUAUUAUUAAAUUAUAUGUACUUAAUUAUGUAAUUUUUAUAUUAUUUAUAUAAUUUAUAAAUGUUGAAAGUAAUGUAUUUACAUAUCGUAAUUAAAUUUAAAUAAAACUAUACAGGUGAUUUUUUUUAGUAUAAGGAAUGUGACAGGUUGAACUGCGACCCAAAAAAUUUUAAGGCUUCUAGUUCGAAAAUCAAUUUUAGGUAACACACGGUGCUUAUUGUUAUUAUUACUUGAUGUUUCAGCUUUUAUAUUUGAAUGAACCAAAUGUUUUUGCAAAAUUAAUGGAUAUUUCUCACUGGUCAAUCAUUUUGAAAAUAUCCGGAGAUUUGAUAGCUGAAUUAUGAUUUAAAAAAAUAUCAAACAAAACGCUUUAAUAUUUUAUAAUUAAGUUAUUUUAAAAUCUGUAUUCGUAGAAGUCAUUUAGGUAAAAGAAUAACCGAUACUAUUUUAGUAUUUAAAUGUACAUUAUAAACAACUACUUCCUCAAUGAUCAACUAUAAUUAUUGAUUUUUAAAUAAAAAUAAACACCAUGUCUUUUCAAUAUAUUUAUUUUAUGAAAAAAAAAAAAAAAACAUUUUUACAAAAAGACCAACAAAUAAAAAAAAUAGGAGUAUUUUUAUGUAAAUAUAUUCAUUUGUUAUAAAGAAUUUUUUACAUACAAAAAAAAAAAUGGUAAAACGAUUUGAUUUCUACCAUCAGAAAAAUAAAUAUAUAUUAAAAGUUAAUGUCCAGUUAUUAAACUUUUCAAGUAAGAGUUAAAUACCCAUUUAAUACUAUUACUGUGAAAAUAUAUUAUAAUGUAUAUAUUAUUUCAGGCAUUGAAGAAUUAUUAUCCGAAAAAAAACUUUUCAAGUUUUCCAGGAAUUCCAAAAUAAAUAUUUAUGAAAAAAAUUCAAAACUAGAAACCGAUAUUGAGUACUUUAGUUAUUUUUAUUACUAUAUCAGAGGCAACUAAUUCAUCCUCGUGAAUAUAAAGUUUAAAAAAAAAGGAGUCGCACAGUUCAAUUUGACGAGUUAUACAAAAUAAAGAGUGAGUGUAUGUAAAACACCAAUAAAUAAAAAAAAAACUCAAAGUAAAAACAAAUGAGGAAUUGAUCCUAACAGAAAGCCUGUAUUGAUGUUAUUACUAGAUUCGAGUCUGAAAUGAGGACAAUUUCUUUUAAAGAUGUAAUUUCGUUGAAAAUGUAGAUUUUAAUUAUUGCAAGUUUUAAUUUUAAUAAAAAAUAGAUUUUCACUCAAAACUCUGUAUUCAUCAUAUAGGGUAUUUUAACUGAAACAUCUUUUUUAUUACACAGUAAAUGUAUUUAAUUGGUAAGGAAAUUUGUACAAUUACCAAAAUAAUCAAAUUAAAUAGGUAUACAGAGUGCUUCAGAAGUUUUUUUACAGGCUGUUCCUGGAUUAAAGUUAGUGCUCAAAUGAUCGGGUUUGUUUUAUUCCAUUUUUCAAGAGUGUAUCACAGUGAGGGUAUUAAUAUGGAUAAUUAUGCUAAAUUUUCUAUUUAAAAUUUUUAGUAAUACUUUUAUUAGAGAUGUUCAAAAUGACCCCUUCUCUUCCACACAUCUCUGGGUCAUUUAA